UUGCCCCGCAGCGCCGCCGCCGCCAUUGGCGCCCGGGCCUCGGGCCAGAUAUUCCCGUUUUUUUGGGAAUAUCGCGGGGGGAGCGGGACAAAACCAGAGAAUCAACCCAAAAAUCCAUGGAAAAUCCAGAUUAUCCCAAUUUCCCCUCAUUUUCCUCGUAAUUUCCUGCAAUUUCCAACCUUCCAAAUCCCGUUUUUUUUGGGGGGGGAAUAACGGGAAUAAAACCCAUUCCAAACUUUCUCGCCUCGAGCGGGAAUUUUCCAUUUCCCAUCCCGCAUGGACAGAGAGACCUUGGCUUUUUCCACCGCUUUUUUCCAGGAUUUUGGGAAUUCUCCGGAAGAUUUUCCCGGGGAUCGGGUGGAUUUUAUCGACAAAUCCGAUUCUUUCACGUAUUCCCAAUUUUUCCGGGAUUAUCUCCUUCCCAACCGUCCCUGCGUCUUCUCGGCCGAGUUCACCAAGGAUUGGAGCAGUCGGAAAUUCUGGGUCACGCAGGAUGGGAAACCCGACCUGGAGCGGCUCCUGCAGGAAUUCCAAGGAGCAGCCCCGGUGCCGGUGGCCAACUGUGACCUUCGGGAAUACAAUUCCCACCCCAAGGAGCUGCUGCCCUUCCCGGAAUUUGUGGAAUAUUGGCGGGAAUUCAUCAGCAACGGGCACCGCUCCUCGCGCGGCUGCCUCUACCUCAAGGACUGGCACCUGAGCAGAGCUUUCCCGGAGCGGGAAUUUUACAGCAUUCCCGUGUAUUUUAUCUCGGAUUGGCUGAAUGAAUAUUGGGAUGCCGUGGGCGCCGACGAUUUCCGCUUCGUCUACAUGGGACCCAAGGGAUCCUGGACUCCGUUCCACGCCGACGUUUUCCGCUCCUACAGCUGGUCGGCCAACGUGUGCGGCCGGAAGCGCUGGCUGCUGUAUCCGCCGGGAGAGGAGCGAUUCCUCACGGAUAUCCGCGGGAAUCUCCCCUUCGACCUGACGGCUCCGGAAUUCCGGGAUCCGCGGAUUUAUCCGCGCUCCGGCCGCGCCCGAGCCCCUCUGGAGAUCAUCCAGGAAGCCGGAGAGAUCGUCUUCGUUCCCAGCGGGUGGCACCACCAGGUGCACAACCUGGAGGACACCAUCUCCAUCAACCACAACUGGCUGAACGGCUGCAGCGUGGGCCGCAUGUGGCGCUUCCUGCGGGAGGAGCUGGCGGCCGUGAGCCGGGAGCUGAGCCGCUGGCACGGCCCCGACGGCCACGACCGCCUCCAGUGCCAGCUCCUGCUGAAAUCCUGCACCGGCAUCGACUUCCCGGAAUUCUACAACUUCCUGCGGCUGCUGGCCGAGAGCCGCCUGGCGCUGCUGGAAAACCGGGAAUUCUCAUCCCGGGAAAAUAAUUCCCGCGGAUCCGUCGCCGCCUUGGGAAUUCCGCACGCCGUGUUCGACCUGCAGCGCCUGGCCGCGGUGCUGCGCUCGUUAAGCGCUAACGAGGAAUUCCAGCGGCUCCCAUCCCCCUCCCCGCCCCCUCUGGAGCUGCUCCAGAGGCUGGAAAAGGCCUUGGACACCGCCCAGCUGGGAAUUCCCCGUUCCCAAGAUUCCCGGGAUUCCCGGGAUUCCCGAUUCCCGGAGGAAUUCGGGAAAAGCCGUCCCAGCUGAAGGAAAAUUCCUGGGAUUUUUUACGGAUUCUGAAAAAAAAAAUUCCCUCGUCUGGUGUUGGAAUGACGGGAAUUCCGUGACUUUUCUGGGAGCAGCUCAGGAAUUCCCCGGAAUUCCACGGAAUUUGUGGAAUUCCACGGAAUUUGUGGAAUUCCACGGAAUUCCUGUUGAAGCCGGAGCUGGAAGCGGCGAUGGACACGGGAAUUCCCGAUUUUCCCGCCUUGAUUCCAAAGGAUUUGGAGCUUUAAUCCAACGGAAAUUCGGGAAUGAGGGAGAAAUUCCCGGAGUUCGGAGGAAUUUGGGGAAACCCAUCCAAGCUGAAGGAAAAUCCCGGAAUUUUUAUGGAUUCUGAGCCUCGCUCAGGGAAAAAAUUCCCUGUGGAUCAAACCUGGAAGAGGAAAAACGGGAAUUCCUGAGCUCUCCCAGCUCCAG